AUGCCUGGGCGUCAAUCACACGGAAGGCCGCUUCUGGCGGCGGCCAAGACGAAAAAUAUAAAGAGAUCCAAGUCGCGAUCGCAAAAGAGUGCGCUGAACGCCUUCAACACGGCGUCCGAGCAGUACCCCACCAGAAUAAAAAAGACACCGCGUGUCCGCGAACUGGACGCAGAGAUUGAGCGAAAGCACGGCCGCGAAGACGACGAAGAAGAUGACGAGGACGAGGAGGAAGAGCCCUCGAGAAAAAAGGCGAAGCGACCAGCUCGCGCCCAAAAUGGCGAUGCCGAAUAUGGCAGUGACAGCGAAGGCAACGAGUGGCAGCUCGGAGGCAUGGCGGCAGACGACGAAGAUUCCGAAAUUGAGAGUGACGACGCUUUCGGCGACAGCGAUAACGAGCAGUUUGAGGAGUACCAGUUUCGCGGCAGCAAGUCCAAGACAAAGGAUGACGACUCUGACGAUGAUUCCAACGACGACGAAGGGCAAACUCUUGGCGACGAGGCCAUUGACCUGGCGACGGCACUGGACCAGUUUGAAGAAGACUUUGACGAGGAGGAAGAAGGUAGUCAGGGCGACUCUGAAGACGACUCUGAAGACGAGGAUGGCUCUGACGAAGACGACGAAGACGACGACAGUGAUGAUGAGGAUGGAGAAGAAGAAGCUGAUCCGGAAAAGCUAAACGCGCUACAAGGUCUCAUUUCUGGCUUUGGCGGAGAGGAAGACGCAGCCGCCGAGAAGCCCUCUUCGAAGCAAAAAAUUAGCUUUGGCGACCUCGGCCUCUCGGGUCUUAAUGAUCCUUUAAUGCGAAAGUCGGUCAAGCUCAUGAAUAAGGAAGAGAAGGAGAAGCGCCCGGGGGCCUCGAAGAAGCUGGACGUGCCGCUUUCCCGACGCGAGCAGGGUCGUCUAGACCGCAGCGCCGCUUACGAAACAACUAAUAAAACUCUUGAUCGCUGGGCAGAGACUGUCAAGGCAAACCGCCGCGCUGAGCACCUGGUGUUCCCUCUACCAGAGAACGCUGCGGAUGCUGGUCUCGACCGCACAGAGAUCCAGCCGCUGUCGGCUGCCAAACCCGCCAACGAGCUCGAAUCAACCAUCAUGUCGAUCAUGGAGCAAAGCGGCAUCAGCAUGGAGAAGCCCGAGAAGGCCAAAAAGGUGGAAUACGACGAAGAGGGCAACGAGCUGUCGAAGCGGGAAGCCCUUAACCGUCGACGUCUAGAGCGCGAGCUCAACUCGAGAGAAGCCAAGCGCGCCAAGCGCAUCAAGAAGAUCAAGAGCAAGGCCUUUCACCGCGUGCAUCGCAGGGAGAGAGAGCGCGACGAGCUCGCUGCCAAGGAAGCCAUGGAAGAGGCCGGAGAGAUUGACUCGGAGGAGGAGCGCGAGGCGCAGGACCGCCGGCGCGCCCUCGAGCGCGUCGGCCAGCGCCACAAGGACAGCAAGUGGGCCAAGCUGGGCAACAAGACGAAGCGCGCCGUCUGGGACGACGACUUCCGGACCGGCCUGACCGAGAUGGCGCGGCGAGACGAGGAGCUGCGCCGCCGCAAGGAGGGCAAGCGCGGGGGUGGUGGUGGUGCCGAUGACGACUCGGACGCCACGAGCAGCUCGGGAAGCGACAGCGACGACGACGACGAGAAGCUGCGCCGGCAGCUGACGGAGCUGGAGCAGGACGAUGGCGAGCCGCAGUCGAAGCUGAUGGCGAUGAAGUUUAUGCAAAAGGCGGAGGCGGCGCGCAAGCAGGAAAACGACCAGCUCAUCAAGGAUAUCCGCAAAGAGCUCGACGGCGACGAGGCGAGCGGCUCCGACGAAGAAGCGACUGGCGAGGUUGGCCGCAGGUCGUACGGUGACCCCAGCGCCAAGAUGAAGCCCGUGGCCGUGGACCUGUCCAAGAAGCAGACGAAAAAGUCUCGUGCGCCGGCAGAAGACGAGGAUGAGGACGACGUCAUGAUCACCACGUCCAACGGCGCUCGAUCCGUAAACUCGGCCUGGGCCGCUCCCGCCGCAGAAACCGCCACGGCCACGACGGGCGCCUGGUCCAGGGGCGAGUCCCGCCGCAGCAAGUCCAAGAGCGCCUCGCGCGGCGAGGACCUGGACCUCAACGAGCACAUUGUCGUCGCCGCCGGCAGCAAGCCGCCCAGGGCCUCCAAGUCCGCCACCUCUGCCGGCAUCGCAAAGCGCAACCGCUCUUCCCCCACCAACGACGCCGACGAGUCCGACUCCGACGCCGAGCAGCACCUCCCCAUGGCCGUCCGCGACCAGGCCCUCGUCGCGCGCGCCUUUGCCGGCGAGGACGUCGUCGGCGAGUUUGAGCGCGAAAAGGCCGACGUCGCCGCCGCCGACGACGACAAGGUCGUCGACGCGACGCUGCCCGGCUGGGGCGCGUGGGUCGGCGAGGGCGUCUCCAAGCGCGAGCUCAGGCGCAACGCGGGGCGCUUCCUGACAAAGGUGGAGGGCAUCAAGCAAAAGGAUCGCAAGGACGCCAAGCUGGCCAAGGUCAUGAUCAACGAGAAGCGCAUCAAAAAGAACAACAUGUACAUGGCGUCGCAGCUGCCGCACCCGUUCGAGUCGAGGGAGCAGUACGAGAGGUCGCUGAGGCUGCCCGUCGGGCCCGAGUGGAUGACCAAGGAGACGUUCCAAGCGAGCACCAAGCCGAGGGUGCUGAUGAAGCAGGGCGUCAUUGCGCCCAUGUCGAAGCCGACGAGGUAA